GAAGUUUGCGCUGUAGCAUCAUGCGAGCGGUAGGAACUCUGCAGUAUUAUAUUACCAACCACUGAUCACCAGAAUGCCACCAAGACGUGCGCAACCCGCUCCGGCUCAACGGCUGAACCUGGCAAAUCUUCAUUCUGAGCUACAGUACCUUUCAAAGACUCGCAAGUGGCAAGACGUGUCAGGGCGAGCUACUCGGCUACUCACGGCUCCCGUCUUCGCUUCGGAGGGCCCUGAGAUUUUGGCUUUGCUCGCCAACGCUUACGGUGCCGUGGGAAGGAGCAUUAUCGGCACCGACGGCGCGAACGCGCGCGUGUGGGCCAUCCUCGGGGCCGAAAUUAAAGACUGCAGGAACCCACAGCUGAGCCUGGCCCUGCUGCGUUCGGAUACUCUCAGUCUGUUUGCGCAGAUCUGUGCAGCACUGGGCAAGGCCGAUGGCGGCGAUGCUGCCGGUCCCUCCACCAGCAGCGGCAGGGGCAGCGACACCCCACGCGGUGUCCAAGUGGCCAUCGUGAGCCACAUAGCCGGCGUGCUACACAGCAUUCUGAUGACCGAAGAGGGAAAUCAGACGCCAGCGCGGUCGGAAGUGCUGGACGCGCUCAGGUGCAGCCAGCUGCUGGAGCAUCUCACUGGGGCCAUCCUGCGUCUGGCGGCAACACUGCCGCCGGAUGUGCGCGGCAGCGGCGACCCAAAAGCCGCUUUGGAUCGCGCCAUUGGUGCAGUGGAGCCAUGUACCGCUGCUGAUGUCGAGGCGGACUGGGCUUGCCUGAGCCUGGCAAUGCAGGGGGCGUCGGACGUGCUAUGGUCGUUGGUGUGCCGCAGGGAUGACGAACCCGACUGCCUCGUGCCGGUUCCGCAUCCGGCUUUCAGGGAGAGGAGCCCCGAAGGCGUACAGUUUGCGGCGCAACUGCGGCCGCUACUGUCCGGGCGUAGCGUGCAGCACUUUUGCGCGGUGGCAUUGCAGUGUGCAUGCCUGGGCGAAUCUGCGGCGGCGGGGCAUGCCCCUGUCUCUACAAUGGCGCCUUUGGGUGCCCAUCCACUGCGCCUGGAUGCAAAGCCCCUGCCGGCGGCCGGAACGGCUCAUGGCAAGCUGGGCGCAUCUAUCUUGUGGGCUGUCUCGGCUGUUUUCCUGGUCACCUCUUGGGGACAUGCGCAGCUGCCAAUUGCGCAGCCGCCGGCCGGGUACCGGCCCGCCGGAUCAGCGGUGGCACCGCCGGCGCCAACAGCAGCGGAGACCGCCGGAUCGUGCAACGCUUCGACCGCUAAUGGCAAUAGCAGCACCAGCACUAGCAGCCUUCCGGCGUUUGAGGGAGGGUCAUUUCCGGAAGCGCCGUACCGGGCGCUCCCCGUUUACGAGCUGGUCGUAGCUGCGUGGUGCGACCUGUCGAUCCCGGACAUAGUGUUGGAGCUACUGCUGUGUCGGCUGGUGACGGAGCUGCGGCCGCGCCAGGCGGCGGCGCGGCUGCCGGGGCUGUGGCGGGAGGUGCUGGUUCCGGAGGUGUGCAGCCGUGUCGGCGAAGGCCACGGCCCCUGUGUGGGCGAGCUGCUUCGGCUGCAGGUGCCCGCACCGCCCCUGGCGGCUGGCGCGCCGCCGCCGUCAGCAGGGGCCAGCAGCUACAGCACCUACAGCCUGCACUGCGCGCUGGACGCGGGGCUGCUGCCGGCGCUGGAGCGGGCUCUGCGCAACGAGCAGGCGUGGGCGAGGCAGGAUGGAGACAUCACCAGUGGGCGCGCGCUCUCCAAGACUUCUGCGUCUGCGUUUCACAUACUCAGCAAUAUCAACAGCGUGUUGCGCUACUCGGGCCUGUGGCCGGCGGCGCUUGCGCACGCGCCGCCGGAGCAGGUGGUGGGGCUGGUGGCAACGCUGGCGGCGGCGGUGCGGUGGCUGUCGCAGCGGCCGCCGGUGCCGCAGACGGUGGCAUCGGCGGGGCACGUAUCAACACAUAUGCGCGUAAACACCACUUACGGCAUCCUGCUUUACUUCUUAGCAGCGCUGCUGGAGCAGGGUGUAGACCUGGCGCAAGCGGGCGCAGAAGGCGCAGCAGCUCCAGGGGCAGGGGCAGCGGCAGUGGAGGGCCGGCCAGGUGCUAGCUCCCGCAGGUGGUACCUGCGGCUGAACGACGCGCUAGAGGCUCCAGAGUCCGCGCCCAUGCAGUGGCCGUGGCUGUUGGCUGCUGGCGGCACGCCGCCGGCUGGGUCGGCGGCGGCGGCACAGCGCGACUGGCUGUUGUCCUUCGCGGUGCAGCAGUGGCUGCCGCUACUGCUGUCGUACGUUGUUACGGAAAUUCCUGGGCUGGUCGAGGGUGGAAGGGCGCCUGGCCGCGUCGCGCCGCUGACCAUUCGACAGCUGGAGUUGGCGGUGGUGGUGCUGCGGGUAGCGGCGGAGGUGCUGGCGCCCGCAGCACUUGCGGAGGCAGCACUUGAGGAGGCGGGGGCGGAGGGCGCGAGCGGGGUCAACACCAGCGUGGGCCAGGUGGAGCACCCUCGGGCCGCGGCCUGGGGCUCGUGGCGGCAGGCCGUGCAGCAGCUGACUGGCAGCUGGCAGCUGCUGCGACUUAUGGAACAUUUCGCAAUGCACACGGAGCUGUGGGCUCCGAGCAGCAGCAGCAGCAGCGGCAGCAGCAGCAGCAGCCAAAGAACUCUUACGUCCAAGAACAGGCCAACGCCCAAGUCCACCGAGCCCCCAGGUCAAGCAACAUCAACUCCGAACUACGCAGCCGGCAGCAGCAGCAGCAGCAGCAGCAGCAGCAACAGCGCCGGCGACGGCACGCGCUGCGGUGGCGCGGACAACACGGAUGCUGAUGGUGUCGGCGGCGACGGCCUGGAGGGCUGCGUGUUGGAUGCGCUGGAGGCCUUCUGGGCGCACCGGCCGGAUCUGCUGGCAGCGCUGCUGAGCACUCAGGUUUCUACAGGACCACAGCCGGCUGCGGGUGACGUGGCAGACGGCUGCGGCGGCACUGCCUCAGGCGGCGAUGCAGCCGGCGGCCUGGUGGCAGCGCAGGAGGCGUGCAUUGAAGCCGGCGGGCUGAUGCCGCUGCGGCAGCUGGCGGCGGCGCGCGGCAGGGCGGAGCUGGUGCAGGUCAUCGAUGACGGCGCGGCGGUGGCCGUAUCCGUGUUGGAGAGGUCGACCGCAAGGGCGGCGGCGGGUAUGGCGGCUGGCCAGGAGGUCCCAGGGUUUCGGCCUGCGCCUGCACUGGGCGGCAAGCAGCAGCUGCGGCUGAGGCUGCAGCGCCGUUACUGUGGCGCGGCAGAGGGCGGCGGCAGUGCGGAUGGCGCUGACUGCGACGCCACCGGCCGCCACCUGCGCCGUGCCUGGCGGCUGUUGUCGCCGGACGAGGUACGGCAGCAGGUGGAGGCCGCACUGGCGACGGCCGCGCUGGCUGUAGCACCUGCGGCGGCCACCAGCAGCGCAGGGGCGGGCAGCGGGUUGGGUGGCGGCGGCGCGGCAUCAGUGGCCGCGGCGACUGCGGUUGCGCCUGCAGCCCUGUGCGCCAACCCCAGCUGCAGCAGCCUGGACGGCCCGAGCGCGCUGGUGCCUCCGGGCGGCGGCAAGACGUGCUCGCGCUGCCGUGCGGCCCGCUACUGCUGCGGCUUGUGCCAGCUGCAGCACUGGCGCGAGGGAGGCCACGCCACGCAAUGCCCGGGCGUGGUCGCGGCGGCCGCUCCUGCCGGCUCGGCUGUGGUCGUGGGCUCGGCUGCAGGCGUGGGUGCGAGCAGCGCGGCUGAGGAAGGGGCAACAUAAGAGGCAUGUGGCUUGUGUUGCGCGGGCUUGGGGUUGCGUGGGCUUGGGACUGCACUUACUACUAUGCGCAAACGCACGAAGUACCGUAAUGUGUAGGCACUCUUGUAUUGUUGGUUGCGAACGUGCCGUAGUUGCUCCGGUUGACUUACGGAUGGGGAACAGCGACUUGCACUGCCACCACGGCGGCACUGGACUCGGUUGGCAGCUGGCGCCGUGCUUGUAACCUCGGGCUGUG